AGCCUGACCUUGACCGACGAUACGGUUUUGGAAGAACACAAUGUGGACCCGCGCCUCAUUCAGAUGCAUUUGAUCGGAGACGGCGUUGUUGAUUCCAUUCUGAGCGGGGUGGAUGUAGGCGUCGCUCAGCGCAAGAGGCCACGAAUCGCCAGACAAAACAGCCGGGAUACCUCCUCCUCGUUG